AAGAAUGCAGUGGGGUACCGUUUAUAUAAAACAUUUACUUACAUUACUUACAUUUUAGUCCUUGUGAUAGAGUGACGUACCCAAAAUGAAAUCGGGAUUUAUGUUAACUUGUUUUAUAGCGGUGGUAGCCGUAUUACCUACCCAAAUUAGUUCCCAAGGCCCUCCUAGACUCUCCAUUCCCGGAGCAGUUUUGGUAGAUGGUCCUAGACCGAGAAGAAUUCAAGCACAACUGCAAAACGCCGCCCCCAUUCCCUUCAGAAGGAAAGCCAUCCCUAAUGCACUUCCUCCUCCCCAAAGGGAAGUACGACCUGUUUUUGAAGAACGAGAGGAAGUUGAUGAGCCACGAGGUUCGAUUUUAGAUGAAGAAGUUGCACGCUUGACUUCCUCCGCCCUCAACUCUAUCAGGCAAACACAAGAAAAUGAACAAGAACAGGAAGAAAGAAUAGAACCUCAAAGACCACUGGCUUUUAGACCAGAAAGGCCGCUACCAGUAACCCGAGAUAAUGUUAGAGAGCCCAUCCAAAGACCUCAACAGCCUAUUAGGCAAGAAGCUCCAAGACCUAUUGCAAGACCAUCCCCACCAAUUCGCCAACAAGCUGUCCGAGAACAAUACCAACGCCCGAAGAAUGCUCCGAUUGAUGAAGAGGAAGAACUUAAUAGACGUCGCAAACCGCAAGUUCAAAUCCUGAGAAAAUACAGAACUGAUAACGAAGAUGGAAGCAUCACCUGGGGCUUCGAAAAUGAUGACGGUACGUUCAAAGAAGAAAAUAUUGGCAUUGAUUGCAUCAUCAGGGGUAAAUAUGGUUACGUAGACCCUGAAGGUGAAAGAAGAGAAUACACUUAUGAAGCUGGUAACAAAUGUGAUGAACCCGAAGAAGAAGAAUUGGAUCUGGAUUUGAAUCAACCUCAGAACAUUCCAAGACCUCGUGCGGAAAACAACUUGCAAGGUCCUAGACCACAAUUUAGGCCACAGUACAAAUCAUAGGCUAAACUAUUAGAUCAUUUUUCUACAUAUUUACAAAAUUAUUCGUACGAACGUGCCUCAUAAUUUAAGUGAUAGCAAAUCAUUUCUUGUUUCAACGAAUUGUACAAAUACGUAAAAGAAACAAUCCGAGGAGACCUGCCAAUGAAUGAAUGAUUCAUUUUCAAAUUCAGGAAAAGCCAAAAUUCGCUUGUGAUGAUUGAUUAGAACCUUGAUGAUUCUUUUGUCAUAGUUCUGGCGAAAAUUAUCAUAAGCGAAUUUUUCCAGUUAUCCCAAGGUAUUUAAUUUUUGAAAAUGCAAAUCAUAUUGUUUUUAAAUUUCAAGUUAAAUACUCUUUAAGGUGCCACUCGUGUAUAAUUAGUCAAAAUGCAUCCAAUGUAUUCAUAAAUGUACAAAAGUACAAUCCAAAUCAAUCCGGUUUUCUUGAAGUCACUAUUGUACAAAUGCCGAUUGUUGUAAAUCUAUAGACUGUAAUAGAGUAAAUUUAAGAUCUAGUUUUGUGUUAAGUUUCUUUUGUACAAUAAAACAAAAUACAAUGUGUUAUUUUUUUAACAUU